GCGAAAAAUUCUCGCGAAACUUCUAUGCUUGCUCACGAGGCUUUGCACGACUAGUUCUGACUUCUGCGAGGCUAAUCCGAGAACCAAAGACUACUCCUGCUUGGCUGCUUUCAUCAACUCCGGCGACUUGGAGAAGGCGAAGUUCCAGAAUCCGAUCGGAAGUUUGGUGCUCGCGCGUUGAGAGGUUGAUUUCGGUGCGGCGAUGGGGCAGGCUUUCCGCAAGCUGUUCGAUGCCUUCUUCGGCACCAGCGAGAUGAGGGUUGUGAUGCUUGGUCUGGAUGCCGCCGGUAAAACCACCAUCCUGUACAAGCUGCAUAUCGGGGAGGUUCUGUCGACUGUUCCCACGAUUGGUUUCAAUGUCGAGAAAGUUCAAUACAAGAAUGUGAUGUUUACUGUUUGGGAUGUUGGUGGCCAAGAAAAGUUGAGGCCCUUGUGGAGGCACUACUUCAACAAUACUGAUGGCUUGAUCUACGUAGUUGAUUCAUUGGAUCGGGAGAGAAUUGGUAAAGCCAAAGCUGAAUUUCAGGCUAUAAUCAAUGAUCCUCUGAUGCUUAACAGUGUCAUAUUGGUAUUUGCCAAUAAGCAAGAUAUGAAAGGGGCAAUGACACCAAUGGAGGUGUGUGAGGGCCUUGGCCUCUACGAUUUGAAGAAUCGCAUCUGGCACAUCCAAGGCUCUUGUGCGCUCAAAGGUGAUGGCCUUUAUGAGGGCUUGGACUGGCUGGCAAGCACACUGAAGGAAUUGCAAGCUUCAGGCCGCCUACCCUCUGGAGGGACAUCGUUGUUCUAAGAAGCAAGUCUGCCUGUAAGAUCCUUCGGCUGAUAUACUAGUAAUAAUGGAUCAAGAGAUUUUUUUUUGUGUCAUGGUCUCCUGGCUUUGUACAAAUACCUAGGGACUUGUCAGUGAUCUAACCUGUGAUAUAGGGACCUUGUAAAUUUCGUUGAGAGUUCAUACAAAGCUAACCGGUGGAUGCAUUUGUCACAUGUGAGAAUUGAGAAGUCAACUUCCACAUACUAUUAUUGUAAGAAUUUCUGUAAAUUGAAGUUGGCAAACAAAAAUUUUUCUCAACAAAUUGGUGUCAUUA